AUGUUGCUUGUCGAGGAAAGAGCCGGGUUUGGGGCCGGUGUAGCCACCGACACGGUCUCACGCGAUCUGGGCGGCGAAACCGUCGACGCGCUCGUAUACACGGGCCGCGUGCACCAGCGCAUCAACCUGAUCAAAGAAUUGCUAGCGGCGUUUCUCGGAACCAAGUCACGACUGGACGUCAAGCGCAACGUGCUGAUUGUGACCGACAGCGAGUUUAAAAAGACCCUGGACCUCCUGCGCAAGACAAACUCGUUCCGCCGGUUCCGAGUCCUGUCAACACCAACUCUCAACAGCAACACGAUCAGCGAACAAUGGGUCGCCAAGUUUAUCGAGAAUCACGACACCCUGAUUAUCAUUGACGAUGCCGUGUACAACUGUGCGAUGAACCGCGUCAAGCUCCACCGCUUAUUUGAGGUGGCCCAGAACAUGGACGCGACGCGUGUGCGCUUUGCCGUGAUCGCACACGACUACGAUACGGGCUACAUGUGCUUUGCGGACACUGGCCUAUCGGUGCAGAAACGGUCGUUCCCGACCAACACGACCAUUCGACACUACUUGGUCGAGGCACCGGGUCGGAACAGCCAGUUUACGCGGAUCCUGCGCAACAUUGCCAUUUUGUACGCAUUUGCCCAGAGCCGGGGAUACAGGGGCAUGCGGGACAACUUGAGCGCGGUGCACGCAACACUGCUGUUUAAACCGGAGGUCCCGAUGCAGUACCUCGGACGCAUCACGUCCGACUGGCUACAGUGUCUGGGACGUACGGUCGACGGCGAGGUGCAGACAACCCUGGUGGUCAACAAGCCACCAAAGCACAUGGACCUGACGUGCGGCAUACCCACGGAUCUCGGUAUGAGCCAGAUCGCCGACAUUGCGACCCCCGAGCAAAUCUCGUAUCUGAUCAGCAAGAUUACGGGCGACUGUGAAAACUGGUUCCGGCCCGCCAACCAGAAGGCGCGGGACGACGUGUCGACGGCCUACAUUGGCCUGAUCACCAAGAUGGUCAAGGUGCACCGCGUCGACGGUGUGGCCAUUGUCAUCAACAACCGAAUCGUGCCGCUGGAUUUGCUGUGCAACGAGUAUCAGGACUACACGCUGCUCGGCCCCAACUCAUCGGUCCCCGAACCCGCGGCCCAGUGUUUGAAGGCCAAGCGCGGCUACAUCCACGGGGUAUCGACCAAUUCCCGCAAGUUUACCACGGUGAUUGACCUGUUCCCGGCGCUCACGCGCGACCCGACGACGCUGAUGGACGUGAUGGUCGAGGGCAAAGACUUUACAUCGUUUUCCUUUGACAUGUCCAUAUCCAACCACAACACCGAUACCACACACGACCUGACACACACGGACAAGAUCGGUACGCGCGUCAAGUACAUUACCCACCACCUGUCGAGCCUGAUGCGGCUCAAGCCGAGUGCAUCGCUGUACACGUACCAGUCGGCCACCAACCACGCAAAGUACCUCAAGGCCAAGCAGCGAGAGCAGUCCGACGAACUGGACGUGUCGCGAAACGAGCGGGUGAGAAAAAAAAAUGAAGAAAUCCGCCUGAAAAAAAAAUUACAUGUACUUUAA